AUGAGUCUAGGGAGCAGAUGGUAAUACAAGGCUGAACUUUCAGGAAACGGCAGGGACUUGGGUUAACCAAUCGUAGUGCACAGCGCUCAGGCACCCCCUGACUGCUGCUGGUGACACUUGCACAUUGUAAAGUGUGCAGAAUGGAUGUGCAGGGUCGACUGGAUUUUUCCAAUCGAGACCCCCAGGAUGUGUACGAACUGCUACAGCGACUGGGUAGCGGGAGUUAUGGAGAAGUUUAUAAGGCAAGGAACAAGGUGAGUGGAGAGUCGGCUGCAGUGAAGAUUGUAAAGGAGGAGUCUGGGCCUGUCCUACCUUCAUAACCAAGGGAAGAUGCACAGGGACAUUAAGGGAGCCAAUAUUCUUCUAAAUGACAAUGGAGAUGUCAAACUGGCUGAUUUUGGAAUUUCUGCUCAGCUCACCGCGACGUUUGCUAGAAGGAAUUCUUUCAUUGGCACUCCUUAUUGGAUGGCUCCAGAAGUGGCCGCAGUGGAAUUCAAAGGAGGAUACACAGAAACAUGUGAUGUCUGGUCUCUGGGAAUCACGGCCAUUGAACUAACUGAGCUACAGCCACCUAUGUUUCAUGUACAUCCCUUAAGGGUUCUCUUCCUAAUGUCUAAAAGUGGUUUUCAGCCACCUAAAUUAAAGGAAAAGUCAAAAUGGUCUGCGGCAUUUCACAACUUUGUUAAGGUGGCAUUAACCAAAAACCCCAAGAAAAGACCAAGUGCUUCCAAGUUGCUCACACACCAGUUUGUAGCCCAGACAGGACUUGGUGCUUUUCUCACAAAGGAAUUGUUAGAAAAAUUAAGAAAUCCAGAAAAGCAUCAUGAAACCUCUAAUGCUGAAGAAGAGGAUGACACAGAGUUCCUCUCAACAUUCUCUCGAAUCCUGUCAAAAAAACGUCUUCCAAACGCUGGGCGCUCAUCAUCAGACAUCCAAUUAAACCAGAUCAACUUAAGUCAUCCACCAAAAGUAAAAAUGGAAGAACCAAGGGCUCCAAAGGUUGACGUAGAACCAAGUCAAGCAGCGAGCACUGCCAAUAUAGCUCCAUAUGUCAGUUUCUGUUCUGAUGAAGAUGAUGACUAUGAUGAUGUGGACAUACCGGGCAGCAUAGACCUCAACAGUGACUCGUCUCCUGAGGAUUCUCCUCCUCCUCUCCCCCCUAAGCCCAGAUUUCGCACUUCUUCUGCUGAUAUAAAGAGAGAACAGGACAGGCUGCAUACUCCAGCCACUCUGGUCCGAUGCUAUAGUGGGCCAAGUGUACAGAGAAGCCCGGCACACGUUUGGCCUGAGAGUUUUGGGAACCAGUUACCUGCUGCCAGCUCCGAGCCAUCCCUCUUAGUGCAAGAUCUUCCCACACAACUUCCCCCAUCAUUGCCCCCAAAGAAAGGAAGAGCACAAGCGAAAGAGACAGACUUCCAACUAAAGAAAAUCUUUAAUGGAUGUCCCCUGAAAAUCCAUUCAGCAACAACCUGGAAAAGUCCAACCUCAAAUGAUAUGCAUGUGAUACUUGGAGCUGAGCAAGGGAUCUUCACUUUAAACCGCUCAGAGAAACAGGCAUCACUGGACCUAUUGUUCCCAGGUCGGACCACAUGGGUUUAUUCUAUCAACAACGUACUGAUGUCCAUAACGGGUAAAGUCCCCCAAUUAUACUCCCACAGCCUUGUGUCUCUUCAUGAGCAAAUUCGAAGAGAGAGUCGCUUGGGUCACAUCCCUACACACAGGCUCCUGCCCAGGAGGAAAUCAGCGUCCAGCAAAAUACCAGACACUAAGGGCUGCAAGAGUUGUUGUGUGGCUCACAAUGACACAUCAGGCAGCUGCUUUCUUUGUGCUGCUCUGGAGACCUCAGUACUUUUGUUGGAAUGGUAUCAACCUCUUGAAAAGUUUAUGUUGCUAAAGCACUUUGACUUUCCCCUGCCAUGCCCCUUGAAGAUAUUUGAAAUGUUGGUGGUGCCUGGAGAACAGUACCCUGUAGUUUGUAUUGGGGUCAGCAAGGAAUCCCCCACUUGCAAAAUUCAGUUUCAGACAAUCAACCUCAAUUCACUGGCUUCUUGGUUUACAGACCGAAGGGAUGAGGACUCAUGGACGGGUCCAGUGCAGGUGACACAGAUUGGCUAUGACCAAGUCUUGGUACUCACAAAUGAUACACUAUAUUUGGUGAACCACAGAGGAGAAUCACAGCUUUCCUUUUAUAUUCCUACAUUUUCUUUUCCAGUGGAGUCUAUAGCUACUUCUGGAGACUAUGUUCUGAUUUUAAGGAGUAAAGGUUUCCAGGUACUGAAAUUACAACCGGCAAAGGUGCUGCUUGCCUGUGUAGAUCGCAGUUUACGCUUGUUGUCUUCAGACAGAAGGAAGAUCAUAGUGGAGGCUCCACAGUCUGAUAACAACAACACAAACUUGUACAUCCAUGAAUAUUAACCUUCCAAUGGACAGGAUAAUAAGCCUCAUCUGCUGGUUGCACAAGUACUAUUCCUGGUUGAUCGUUACCCAAUCCCUUCGAUGUUGCAUGACUGCUGGGAAGGAUCCAGGACCUGUAAGAAGACAUUACUUGUUGUGACACCUUUAGGAUGAGCUUCCUUGGAGAAGGACUGGCAUCUGUAUUGUUGUAUAAGCUUUGUGUAUUGGCACUGCUGUGGCAGUAUUGUGGGAGAUACUGUCUGAAUGUCUUUGCAGUAAAACGGUUUUAUGCACUUUUAAUAAAAGUUUGUUGUACUUGU